AUGGUAAAAAGCAAGUGUGAGAAUAACGAGAAUUGCAGGAAAAUAAUUAAUAAGAAAAUAAUUGAGAAGAAGUAUGAUAAGAAGAAAACAAACGAAAACAUGAAUUAUGUAGGUACGAAGCAUGUACUAAAUAAGAAAAUAAUAAAUAAUAUAAAUAAGAAAGAUAAUGAAGUUUAUAAUAAAAUAAAUGAUGAUAUGAUAGAUGAAGAAUAUAUUCCAAAUAAUAUAGAAGAAGAUGAAGAGAAGAAUAAAAAAAAAACAUGUUUAAAAAAUAAUGAUAAUAUAAAUUAUGAUAUAUUUAAUAAUAUCAGUAAAAAUUUGAAUAAUCAUUUAAGUCAAGGUGUUGGGAAUGAAUGUGUAAAAAAUUUAAUAACCCAAGUUAGUUAUAGUCAUUUAUUUACAAUAUUAAAAAAUAUUUUAACUUAUUUACCUUUUUCCAUUAAUGAUUAUUUAAUAGGAACAUUAGAAUUAAAAGAAGUUAUAGAUAGUAAAUAUAAUACGUGUUUUCAAUUAUAUGAAAAAAAAGAACUGAUGAAAUAUAUUUAUGAUAAUGAAGCAACAAACUUAGUAAAUAAUAAAGUAUAUAAUUUAUUUAGAAAAUAUAAAAUCAUCAAAAAUAAAAAAGAAUCUUUUAAUCAUAGACAGAUUUUUCAUUUUAAAGACCAAAACCAACAACCAAUUCUCGAAGAAAUAUUAAUAGAAAAAGCUAAAAUAUUUAUUUAUAAAAUUAAUUCUUUUAUUGAAGGUAGAGAACAGAAUCUAUCAUAUAUAUAUGAAAUAUGUUAUGGCUUGUCAUAUAAAACAGAAACAUUUUUAUUAUCUGUUUUUAUAUUUGAUUGUUAUAUACAUCGAAUUAAUCAACUUACAAAUAAAAAUCAUUAUAAAAAAGUGAAACUUUUAGUAAUCAUAUGCUCUAUCCUUUUAGCUUUAAUAAAAACACAAGUUUUUAAUGGUACCAGUAUUAUGUAUUUAAAUGAUAUACUUUAUUUUAUAAAUAAAAUGAAAAAUGAUAAACUUAGUUACACCUGUAUAGAAAUCUCAAAUAAACAAAUGGAAAUAUUAAAGUUAUUACCACCAAAUUAUAAUAAUUAUUCAACAUAUACAGAAUUAACCUAUGUAUAUUUUAUUAAUCUCAAAAAUUGCGCAAAAAAAUAUCCUGCUAUUAAAAUAUAUUAUAUAUUCUUAGAACAUUUUGGAUUCCUAUAUUUUAUUUAUGAUGUUAUUUAUGCUUAUUCUAUGUACAUAACAGCCGUAGGAUCAUAUAUGCUCAUACCCCCAAGCAGAAUUGUUUGUACUAUCAUCUUAUAUUUUACAAACGCUUUUUACAAUCGAAUGACCAAUAGUUUACUUUUUCAAGAAAAAUUCUGUGAAGAAAUUUUCCAUCUACCUUUUGCAAAUGAUUUAUUCAUGUGGGCUUACCUUUUUAUGGAUAACUUUAUCUACUUUUUUGAAAAUUGUGUUGUCCCCAAUAAGCAUUAUUCUUCUAUAUAUUCCAUCUUCUAUGAAACUGGAAGAAUGUUAAAUAUUAGAACGGUAUUCUAA